AUGUGCACUGCGAUCGCGGGUGCGGUGUUGUUGGGCGAGACGUUUACGAGGGGGGAGGGGGUUGCUGGGUUGAUUAGCUUGUUGGGUGUGGUGCUUAUUGCGCGUCCGGCUGCUAUAUUCGGUGAGCAUCACCAGGACCAGGACCAGGAUUCGACAGGAUCAGGAUCAGGAGCGGGAGCGGGCACAGUCACGUCGAAGCAGCGGUUGAUUGCUGUCGGUGUGGCGCUUAUUGGGGUGUUGGGAGCUACGGGCGCUUACACGACGAUCCGCGCAAUUGGCAAACGCGCCCAUCCGUUACAUUCCAUGACGUUCUUCUCGGCGCUGUGUGUGGUUAUUUCUGGGACUGCGAUGAUAGUGAACGAAACGCCCGUCGUAAUUCCUACAAAGCUGGAGUGGGUGUUGUUGUUGGUGAUGAUUGGGAUAUUCGGGUUUGUAGCUCAGACCCUCCUAACAAUGGGCCUCCAGCGCGAAACGGCAGGCAGAGGUGCGAUGGCGGUGUACACUCAGAUUGUAUUCGCAUCUAUCCUUGAAAGGAUAUUCUUUGCUGGGGAACAUAGUGGUGAUAGUAGUGGCGAAAGGGCGAUGUCGGUGCUUGGGACGGGGAUGAUAUGUGGUGCGGGGGGGUGGGUUGUUAUUAUGAAGCAGAGGGAGAAGAAGAAAGUUGGGUCUGCUGCUGGGCCUGGGCCUGGGCCUGGGGCGGGUGGGUCUGGGUCUGGGGCUGUUGUUGGGGAAAGUGAGAGGGAUGAGGGGUAUGAGCUUGAGCUUGAGGAGGGGUUGUUGGGCGCUGUGGAUCGAGGUGUUGGUAGGGAAAGGGAAAGAGAAAGGGAUGCGGAUGCGGAUGCGGAUGAGGUGGAUAAUGAGGAUGAGGAUGAGGAUGAGGAUGAGGAUGAGGAUGAGGAUGAAAAAGGUGGUUUUAGGAAGGAGGGGGAGGGGGAGGGGCGGGUGUAG